CAAUUAUGAAACUGAUGACAGAAACGACAGAUGAUGAUGAUGAUGCUGCGCGGAUCAAACGACAGCCGCUAUGAAACCUGAUGCAUCGGCAUGAGUAUUGAAACCUGAAGGAAGAAGAAUGAGACCGCAGUUUGUAGAUAAACAAUGGCAGCAGGGAAAGCGGAUGGCGAUCUAUGGGCUGGCUUUCCUCAUAAUGACCCUCCUCAUCCUGUACAGCUCAAACAGCACCGCCGAUCUCUACAGCCCCUUCAGAGACUCGCAUGACAUCCACCGCACCGUCCUCAACACUAACCUCAAGAAAUGGGCCGGAAAGGACGGAUACGUGCCUGUUUACGGCAACAAGAGCAUGAAUCUGCGCUGCCGUCAGUGUGCUCUGGUGACCAGCUCCAGUCACGUUUUGGGGACUCGGGCAGGAGAGGAGAUCGACCGCACCGAGUGCGUCAUCCGAAUGAACGACGCCCCCACCAGCAGUUACGAAUCGGACGUGGGGAACCGAACCAGCGUGCGCGUUGUGGCUCAUUCCAGCGUGUUCCGGGUGGUCCGGAAACCUGCAGAGUUCCUCAAUAGCUCCGAGAACGCCUCCGUUAUAUUCUGGGGUCCGGCUUCAAAGAUCGGACGUGGAGCAAAGGGAACUCUGUACCGUCUGAUCCAGAGAGUCAGCAUGACCUACAGUAACAUUUCAUUCUUCAUCAUCUCUCCUAACAAAAUGCAGAAGUUUGACAAACUCUUUCAGAAAGAGACCGGCCGAGACAGAAAAAAGUCUCAGUCUUGGUUAAGCACAGGGUGGUUCACUAUGGUGAUUGCGAUAGAAAUGUGUGACAACAUCAAGAUUUAUGGGAUGGUACCGCCCAACCACUGCGGGAGACGUCCACAGCCCAAACGGAUGCCUUAUCACUAUUACAAACCCAGAGGUCCAGACGAGUGCUUGACGUACCUGCAGAACGAGAGAGGCCGGCGUGGAUCACAUCAUCGCUUCAUCACUGAGAAACAAGUGUUUGCACGCUGGGCCAAGCUGUACAACAUCACCUACGCCUACCCAACAUGGUGAGCAACCGACACCAACUUCACAGAUGGAGACAUGUGACAGAACGAUCCAGUUUAUCAUCAUCUGUCACAUAUUCAUCUCAGAGGUUCCAGCACGGUCACAUCUGAACUCGAUGACCCGCCAUUUCACAUGUGUGUUGCCCGAAAACGCGUUGUGGAUGAAAAACUGAGCGAAAUGGAGAUCAUAUCCACAGAUGGCCAGUCUCUGUUUUCUUUUGGAAUUCUCAGGAAAACAGAUGUGGAAGCCGAUGGAACGUUUAUCCAGUUUUGUCUUAAGCAUGUUCCUAAAACAUCGACGUAUUACUGCUGUACAGUUCUACUUCCCUUCCUCGACCCUCGCUUAUAAUCCAUCAUUUUACAGCGAACAGAGGCCUUUUAGGACAAGAAAGACUUCAGAACUUUGUCUCAUUGCCAAAAGGUAAUUAGUUAACAUUCUGCUUCAAUCCGAAUGUCAUUUAAAGAGACCAGGCGUUCAGAAAACACGAAUAGGAAAUGUCAAUAUUCAAUUUAAAAUAUAAAUGUUUUAUUUUGUAAAUAAAAAUGAUGUAAAUUGUUAUUUAAAA